GUAUUUUUUCAGAAAAUUAUUUCGACUUUAUUUUAAAUGAUAUUACGCGGUUAUAGGGAAUUACUUAAAUGAAACUAUCGACUAAAAAUGAAUGAAACAUCGUUCGCCACCCAACAUGAAGCAUCGUCGAAAGGUCAUGAGAAGCGUCUCAUUUGCCGCGCUUGAUCGUCUUUUCGAGCUUACAAUCCUCUCGACACUGUGAUGCCCGCUAAAGCGUGACGCUCGCGGACCGUGCACAGGUAGCCGCGCUUUAAUUACUCAUUUUUCUUCGCCGCUCCAAAAAGCCAGCGAUGUGUAAUAGAGCCGGGAGGAUAUGCAAUAGGGUCUCGGUGGGGCUUUACGCGCGCUGCCGGAGCGAGCGCGCGCAGUGAAUCUCCGCGUUGCGCGGAGCGCAGACGUGUCGCGUGCUUUUCUAAGCCCGAGAGUUUGUGAAAUUCGGACAAUCGACUCGCUGCUUUAGUCAGCGAUAGUAACGUCGACCGACGCGGCGGUCGCUAAGCUAACUACUCGUUUCGAGCGCGCAAAGUUCGCUGAUUCGGUGGAAUUUUGGUUCCGCACGGGACUGACACUAAAAAUAGACGGGCGAGCAACAGGGUCGUUAUCGAUCAUCUCUCUUGAGAUUCCGCGUGAUAAGGCGAACUGAUAAGAGCGCGACGCAGUCUUUUGAAAUCUUCGAAACCACGUCGGAUUGCACGGCGCAAUAAUCCCGACAUAUUAUCGCAACCGAAAAUGCAGCCUCGCGUUUCAAUUCAUUAGUGAUAUCAGGAGAAAAAUAUCGAUCGAGACGUUUAUUACGAUAUCGAGGUAAUCUAAUAAAAAAUUAUUAUUUAACACGCGUGUCAAGUGAGCGGUAUAAAUACCCGGUGUUGGAAGAACCUGUCUUUACCUGUGCCGUUGGUACUGUCAAAUGCGCGAGCAACGUGCAAUAACAAACUCGUUUCUUCACGCUGUGCUGCGCCUCGCGCUCUGACGGAGCCGCGCAGUCGAGAGACUUCUGCGUAAUUGUUUCUGGCGAAAAAUAUUACGGUUUCAUCGUGAAAAUUCGGCCAGGCUUCUCUGCGCGUCUUUGCAACGUUAAAUGUCGUCGUGUUCUGAGAUGUUUGUUUAUGCAAAGGGUAUUAUGUGCUUAUAAAGAUUAGAUGGGUAAAAAGUAUAAAUCUUUAUCGUAUUAAUGGUAUCUUCAGCUGAAGGGUUUAGAAUCUCUGAAUUGAGCGGUCAGCGCGACAUUUAAGGUAUUAUGGACGAAGUAAUAUCUGAGAUUUCUUAUGAAGAAACGUGCAAAUACUGGAACUCAACACCGAGUGCAUACCAACUUAGCUUAUUUUUCGUCAUUUUUAGUGAAUAUCAACUAGAAUGCUAAAAUUGUGUUUGAGCUGAAUUUUAUUUUUAACGCAUUUUCUCAAUUAAAUUUAAAACUGAAAUUUUCUUUCCUGAAAUAAGCUAACUUUUUAAAUUAAAUUUUAAUUAGACCCCGUGUGGUAUUCACAGUCAGAUGUUGUAAGCGACGCAUGCCAAUAAACUUCUAGCUUUUACGUAAAAGAUACUUCAAAAAUUACUCGUCAGUAGAACUAUUAUAUAGUGCUUCGCUUAGAGAAAAAACAAAUUGAGAAACUUUGAAACAGAAUUAAUAAAGCUCGUCACGUGUCGGCACGUACAAUCACGCGUUACACAGUAGAUUCCACACACGACUUUUCAGGCAUUCUCCGCGCCGUCCAUUACAAACGUUCGAUUCAACGUCGCCAUCAAACGCGGGGAAAAGCUCGCCUGCCUCUCUUUCACACCGUAUCGUUGCGACGAUGAUGCAAUUACCAAUCUCGAUUUCGCGAGAGAAGUCAAUCGGAUCGGAAGAAUUUUGCGCUCGGAAAUCUGAGAAAUGCCGUUGGGAGCUAAUUAACUAAGAGAUCGAACGAGUAAGAGAGUCGAUCAAAAGGGACACCCUCUCGCUCUUCGAGCGCGAAACAUUUUUUCAUGCAAAUGUGACUCGUAAAACAAAUUCGUGGAAUUCCGCGAUCUCAUUUAUCCUGAGACGAGUCGGCCGCGUUCGAGGAAUGCUCUCGCCGGUAUUGACUUUGCGGUAGAGCAAUUUGCAUUCGCGCGACGGGAAAAAACGCGGAAGCGCAUUCCGCAGCGCCCGCACCGGUGUAAUUCCGCUCGCGAUAUUGCGCGUGCGUCGCCGCAGUUGGCGCGAAUAAUUAAGCGACCCGAUUCGACGACUUUUUCCUCGAUCAUAGAGAAAUCCCACGAUUCGUUCAUGUCAAAGUGGAGGAUUUUCUGCGGAAUUUUUUUUCUCUUUCUUUCAUUUUAUUUCUUUUUUUUCUAAUUCUUUAUUUCUUUUUUCUAUCAUUUUUCUUUUAAAUCUACUUCUAUAACUGAUUUAUAAUAACUUUAAUUAUCUAUAUAUAUAUAUGCACAUGCUGCGGUAACUCGAUGACUCGAACUCAUCAAUAUGCUUACCGCUCUUAUGUAUAUUUCAAGUCUUUAGAGAGCUUGUCCUAGGACUACAAUAAAUGCUUUUAUCUCUCUCUCUCUCUCUCUACUUUCGUUCCCUUUCUUUCCUACGUGUGUCGUCCUCGCGGUUAAAUUUAGCUCCUUAACACGCGAUUUUAGAGCACACCUCUGACCUUUCCUGAAUAUGUAUAUCAUGGAAUUUCUAUAGAACGCGGCAGAAAGGACGGGAACGAGAAAUUGGCACAGGUGGAGAUUACAUUGCGAGCGGUUGCCCCGAAAGGUCAGGCGACAACAUUUCCGAAUAGUUGUCUCAAGUUCGCCGAGAACGUUCGAUUAACGAAAACGCGGGGAUUAAAUCAAGCCGCGUCUGCGCGCCGCAACACCUCGUUCGAUAAUGAACCGUCGAUCUUCGAAAAUCCGUCCGACCGCGAGAAGUGAUCCGAAAAUGAGGGCGAAGUCGCGUCGCGUCUACGUUGGGACGUCUCGCCCAUGAUGAAAUUAAUUUAUUUCGCAAUUAAACGGAAUGAAAACUCGGGAGCGUCUGAAAACGCGCGAAGUACGAGUAUACUACGUGCGAACAAGGGGACACCGUUAAUUCGAUCGGCACCGAUUGACUCGCGUUGCGAUUCGGGUCGAACGGACGUCGUUACGUUGCGUCGGGAAGUGCUCGGUGCUUAGAUAAACAGAAGAAAUGAACGGAGGAGAGAGAGGAGGCGAAACGUUUAUCCGUGUGGUAAGAGCUGUAGUGAGAUAUAAUGAAAGGAAUAAGAAACACACACAAGGAAUGCAAUAUAGAAAAUUAGGAAUAAGAUAUUAUAAAUACGCAAUGGAGUAAAAAAUAAGAGCGUUUUAAAACAAGAUCAUCAUUUUUACUAUUUUUUAAUGAAUCUCUGCUGUCAUCAUUAACACUUUUAUCAUUUCCUUGAUACCUAUCGAUUGAUUCAAACUGACUUUGAAUCCUUGUAGAAUUAAAGGUUCAACAUAGAGCCAAAAUUUCGGCUUGGAAAACCUUUCAUCCGACAAAUAAAUUUUUAAAUAUUUUUUUCUCAGUAUAUUGUGAAUUGUCUAUAUGUCGAAAUUUCAUUCCUGGCUCUUAAUUUCCCGCCUUUAAUUCCUUGCUCCUCAUUCCUUUCAUUGUGUUUUAGCCCUAAUUGUUGUUCCUAAUUGUAGUCCUAUCAUUCGGUUUCUUCAAUCGAGGAACAAUAUAUGCGAACACAGUGAUUAAACCGCGCGUCAACACAUCCGCAAGUUCUCGCAAAAGUCGCGAAAAAUUCGCAGGCUGUCCUGUGAUUUUUCUUUUCUACUUUUCGUGAAAAUAGGAGAAUAUCUCUCUCUCUUUCUGCGCUGAAAGGAGGAUCAAUGUCGCGAGCAUCAGUUUCACGCAGCGUGCGUUAGCGCGCAUUAUCUCGUCUUAUUAAUUGCAGUGUGACGUGUGCGAGUUUUUCAUUGAAAUAAAUCAAGCCGAGAGAGGCGCGAAGUAACCUUGCCGCGAGCGAGUGCUCACGUGAUCGUCCUUUUCUCGCCGAGGAGUCGAGACGCGCAACUUUUUAUUCUCAUCGAAGUGGCUCAGACGAUGAGAGAGAGAGAGAGAGAGAGAGCAAAGUGGCGUAACGCGCGAACAUGAAUUCGAAUGGCAAAUUUCAAAAGUGCCGGGGAAGAUCUCGCGACACGAUCUAAGUAGCCUCGAUUUUUCACCGGACAGCGGGCGUGUGCACGCGCGCGGACAAUUCAAUUAGGAGCGCGCGGAGGCGGAGUGCACGCGAUCGCUCCGAGAGAUAAUUACGUCGCAGUCCUACGUGGGAUGAAUGAACGUGACCCGCGCAUUUUUCCCUUCCUCCCGGGUCGCGACGCAGGGCGAGAGGGAGGGAGAAGGAGGAAGCGCCGAGAGAGAAGAAACGGACCGAAAGUGCGUGCGCGCUCGAGCGGAACGCGACGUCGCGCGAUAAAGCCAUAAACCCGUUGUGAUAUCGAACACCAAAGAGCGCACGUGGAUCGUGGGUGCAACUCCUCUCAUCAUACAAGAUAAUUCCCUUUUCUACGCGACACCGUAGUUUUCCAAUUUUACACGAGAGACUUUGCGGCGCGGGUGUAUAGUGACGUAUUUUUCUCUCUCGUGAACGAGAGGCGAUAAGUGCGAAGAUAUGACGAGGGAUCGUUAUGAUGGACGCGCGGAGAGAGAGAGAUACCCGGACGGGAUCGACUGAUUCGAGAACCGAGCGUCGAUCUCCCAUCCUCGCCAUGGAGCGCAGAGGCGGAGAGGCGCGACCGAAGAUCGAGAUCGUGCGCGUCUCGUCCAUCGAACGAAGCAACUUCCGGCCGUUGGACGGGGUGCAGCUGCGCGCGACUUACAGCCACGUGCGCAUGGGGACUUACUGUCCGGAACCGGAAGCCAAGCUGGCCGAGAACAAGCCGCCGAUCGAACAGCAAGCGCGACGCUUCAAGAAAAACUUGGGACCAGUAUCAAGACUGCUGAGACGUCGUCAUCAGGCGACAUGCCUUGCCACCAAAUCCUGUGAUAACAUUUAUAGCGUGAAUAGAAAUAGUAAUUCCCUGGAUUGGAGGGUCGGCCAGGGCGCUAAUGAGCAAGGUUUGCAAGCCAGACAGAGCAGCAGCCUGGACUGGAGGGUUGGACGCUCCGUCACUUUCGGUUCCAACAGGCUUCACUGGCGGGACGCGACGCGGAGCGCCGAGCAGCUUUCCCGGAGCGCGCCUCUCACUUCCGAUCAUCUUCAGACGCCGAGCGCGAGAUCGAAACUCGUGUCGUUGCUGAGGCGACUUUCUCCGCGCCUGUCCCGUCCCGGAAGCAAAGGCUCCCUGCAAUCGUCACCGACGAUUUGUCCCUGGGUCCAAGUCGAAUAUUCGACGGAAUCGAUCGAGGGCGGCAGGCGGGAGGAGUCGCAGGAGAGCGACGCCAGCUUCCAGCAGGAGCUGCAACUGAAUGAGCUGCGGAAACGAAUGGCCGGGAUCGCCUCCACAUCGCAGGUCACCGCGAAGGCCGUCAAGGAUGGCGCGGAACAGCACAGCCUGCCACGACCCAGGAUCCAAGUGCAGGAGCCCGAACCUGAGUAUAAUCAUCACGUUCGCAAAGCUGUGCACGAGGACCGCGAGGACCGGCGAGGAAGCGGGCAGCCGUGCGGUGAGGUGGCGGGCUUGGACGACGUCGACGACCCCAGCACCGCGACGGUGACGUCGUCGGUACCCGGCAUCCGCUCUCAUCGACGUAACAGACCGCUCUCCCUAGCCGUCCAGCCUCUCAACUAUCACCGCCUCGACCCGGAUCACAAGAUCGCCGCCAGGCAUCAUCACCCUAACAUGACCAGUCAGGAGAGUAUCGGCAGCUGCAGCCUGGACGUCGACCGCUCCGCGUCCGACCGAUCAGAGAACACUGUGGACUCGGUGUCCGAGAAGACUCUGCACAGCCUGAACUUGUCGUGCAACGGUGAACCGGAGAACUUGGCGAACGGCAGCAGCGAGACGCUGCAGAAGUCGCAUCUCAGCCCGGAUGAGAAGCUGAACGUCAGCAAUGGUCCCGAACAGCUGACGGCGAAGAAGCCUAGUUACCUGGGUCUGGCGUGUAGUAUCAGCGGUUAUUCGGGUAUCACCAGGUACGACAGCAAGCUGAGGGAAGGAUUCCGCUCGAGGGACAGCAGCCCCGGCGCCAGGUUGAUCACGAGGGACACUAGUCCUGCAGGUUUCAAAUCCAACGAGAAUCUCAGUGUUCCGUCGCAGUGUCAUCCGCCUAAGAGCCACUCGAUAUCGCCGUUAGCGAUGGACCGGCAAAACGGAUUCGCGAACGGCAUGAAGGAGGAGUGCAAGGUCGAGACGUACGUAGAGAGCAGAAGCUCGAUCACGAUAUGCCAGGACUAUUCGGAAGUCGACAAAGGGGUGUCGUUGCACACAACAUUUCCCGACCUCAGUCCUAUCAGGAGCAGCACUUCCAUUAGCAAGCAAAGCCCCGGAAUGUCGCCGAUGAUGUCCUGCGGCCAGCAGUCCUUUCCGGCGGGUUUCUCCUCUCCCAAGCAGCAGGGUAUCAGUAAGGAGGACGUCAUAAAAUCCCAACUUGCUUCUAAUUUCGCUCCUAAUCUCUUUCCUAAUUUCUUUCUUGCAGUCUCGUUUAGCGACGCUAAUAUUCUAAACGGUUUGACGACUGAAGUCGAGAGCCAAGCGUUGAACAUCUCGUCCAGCAGCGAGAAGUCCUUUAUCCAGCAGCGGGUGGAGCGGCUGUACGGACCAGGUGCUUUAGCGCAGGGUUUCUUCUUCAAACGCAGCACCGCUAAGCUGAACGCCACCAGCGACAGUAGUUCCAAUAAAUCCAGUAAUAAUAACAACAUUUCGACCGACAAUGCGAACACAGACGAGUCGUUGAAGAACCUGCCGGUGCUGCGGCACCUGCGCCCGGAAUUCCGGGCGCAGCUUCCUGUUGUCAGCACCAGAAAGCCUACCGACGGUACGGAACAGAUCAUCAAGCCUUUACAGAGGGUAAUACCGGUGACCCGGAAGGUCGAUCCGAAGAACCCCACGCAGAACAGUGUGGUGAGGAGAAUCCCGGUGAUCGUCGAGAGCGACACCGCGAGCAUACCCGACCAGCAGCCGGCCGCGGCGAAGGUGGUGCUACCCGUGUUGGAACCCAGCUCGACGAACAUUGCGAAACAGGAAGCGGAAAAAGUAGUCGAGGAGAAGGAUGGACAUUACUUCAUGAAGUUAUUGAAGCAGGAAACGGACAGGCUGCUCUCGUUGGCUGCAUCUGCCGAGGCCGAAUUAGCCAGCGGCGACACCAUUGCGCUUCCCGAAGAGGCGGCUGGCAAACUGAGAUCAGCCGCGGGCAAAGCUAGACUGUUGGCUUCUCAGAAGAUGCAGCAAUUCGAGGGACUGUGCCAGAAGAACAUUAAUCAGGUACCGGAUGAAGAAUUCCCGACGACGAACGAGGACCUGGCCGGCUUCUGGGACAUGGUGAUGCUGCAGGUGGUGCAAGUGAACGACCUCUUCGACCAGAUAGAGAAGCUGCGGAGAUCGCAGUGGCAAGAGAUCGUACCGGAUAAGAAGACCGCGCCGGCCUCGCAGAACGGCAAGCGCCGAGUCAUCGCGAUCCACAAAGCGAAGCCGACUGCGAACAGCGAAGCGAACAGGAAGGCGCGGGAGGUGAGGGAGCAGGCGCGACGACAGCUGAUCGAGGAGCGGAGGCGAGCGAUGCGCUCUAAGCAGAACGCCGACAGUUCCGUCGAGAUCUUCGCCCCCGAGACGUAACGACGGACAACGGCGCGCUGAGUCGGAGAACUCGGGACGAACGAUGAGACACGAUCGAUCGGCACUGUGUAGAGGCCUCGUGAGAGAAAUAUAAUAGCGCGUGUAGACUGUGACGUAGGGAUCAAGCGCAGGAUGACGUGCGUGCGUGAAAACAGAGAGAUAAGGAAGGAAAAGGAUGAUCACACGUCGCUAUACGAUCAGCUUCUGCGAAAAUCAAAGCUGCUUAUUAUUAUACUACUACUAUUGCUAUUACUACCGCUACUACUACUACUACUACUAUUAUUAUUAUUAUUAUUAUUAUUAUUAUUAUUAUUAUUAUUAUUAUUAUUAUUAUUAUUAUCAUUAUUAUUCGAUGUCUCAUCCUCCGCACGAAUCAGGCGAGGAACGGAAAGUUGCGUCGAGGUUACCGAAACGGCAAGGAAGGAGACGCAAGUCGGAGGCGAAGAUCCCUCGUUUCAACGCGUCGCGCAUUAACGUCCCGAAUAUCCUAGCAAUAAUGCGACGCGUCGCGUCCCUCUCGUUCAUAGGGAUAUUUUGUAACGAAGCGCGAGACAGAUACUUGCCGCGCAGUGCGCCUUUUUUUCUACGUUGACCGUCAGAUACACGUCGAGUAACUUGUAUAAGCUCCCUGGAGAAAGUGAAUAACCAGUGCGAGAACGAUCGCAGAGUCUGAUGUGUCGCGCGCGAAGAGUAUUCUUACCGAUCGGAAGUCAGUCGUCCUCCGGAAAUUCAUGGAGGUGUCUAGGUUGAGAAUCCAGACGAUUGAGGCGGGCUUUCCGUCGCGAUUUAUCGUGUAGCUUACGUAUGUAAAUAGAAUUAACGAAUAUUCACGCAAUCGCACGAGGCCGAUCUUCAUAUUGGGCCGAGUGUUCGCCUAAUAGCUUUUUCUAUUCGGAUAUCGACGAAGUUUCCCUGUUCAGAGAGAUAUGCCGUAAACGGCAGACGAGAGUAAAAAGAUUCCUAUUAUUCUUAUUAUCAUUACAGUCACUGCGAUAAACAUUUUAUUAUUAUUUUAUUCUAAUUCUAAUUAUAUACACAGUUAAUUGUAUAUCUUUCUCGCGCGAAACGUGGCCGUAUAAAUUAUUCUCGUUACGCGACGACAUUGUCAAUCAUCGAUUAACGCUCUCUGGAGGACGACUUCACCACGUUACGCGCGAGCGAGACUCAUCACAGCGAGCACAAUUUUUCACUCGUAAGAUGAUCGUGUUUGAUGAAUCGUCGCACAUAUUCGAAGAUGUUCGUAGAAGAGAGAGAACGUUGGAUGCUAUCACAGUCGCCUUCAGCGGAUCUACUUGACCGUGGUGGCUCGCUCAACGCGCGUCGCUCAAUGUUACAUCCAUAUGAAUCUGACAUUCCUCGUGAUGAGAAACGAAAAAGAAAAAAAGGAAAAAUGUCCACAAUCUCUUUUCGCGUAGUUGUACGAUCGUAGCUUACACUCCUCAGCAUCCGAUUAACGGUUAGCGGUUCUAACGGCAAGUCAUCAACCAAAUAACACUAUCAUACCUAAGUAAAGUAAUUCACGAGCACGCGUGGUCGCCGUAACCACGACUCUCGUACUCGCGUUCGCGUUAUCAAUGUCAUUAUCUCUCGGUUUCUUUUGUCGAAAGUUUUUUGUAAAAAGAAAAAUUCAUCUGUGUAAUUUAUUGAUUGUUGACUCCCUUGGUGCCUUCAUUAUUUAUACAUGUGUAUAUAAUCGACUGACACAGCCAACAAUUUUAUGUAUCUAUUUAAAUUAUAUGUUUGAUCGAAUUUCACAUGAAAUCUGUUGAUAAAUAAGAAUAAAACGAAUAAAUUCCAUUAUUUAUCAA